AUGAUAAAAAAUCUUAUACGUGUUGAAGAUGCAUCUUCACCUUCGACAGGAAAAGUGUUUGGGUUCCUUCAAUUGUACAAGUUGGUAAUGGACCUUGAGCUUUGUAUCUAUUUACCUGGAAUGAAGCUCCUUGGUAUAUUUUUCUCACUGAUCUGUCUUCUGACCUGGUCAUGCAGUGCAACCUUUGAUGACUCGAUCGACGAUGUUCAACAAUUGAACAAUGUACUCGACAUAAAAGAUUCAUUAAGAGUACAAAGAGACAUUAGCUGUAAUGUCACUAUUAAUCACUACUUAUGGCCGGCCAUCAACCUUACUUCUUCUUAUUUCGGAACCAACUUUUCCAAAAUGCAGCUUGAUAGUAUCGACGCCCUACUUGAACUUGGCUAUAUGCGACUUGAAUUCGAUAUAUAUUGGGACUCGACCUAUGAGAUAUGGGAACUUUGUCCAGUCGAGGUUUCGGACAAGAAUUCUACCGAAGACCAGACGAUAAAUCAAUUUACAUGUACAAUUCACAGCCUAGAAAUUUUUUUGGGGUCUAUAAACAGAUAUCUUGUAUCAACACAAGUUCCCAAGGCACCACUCAAAACCAAUUUGGUGAUGCUGAUAUUGCAUAUUCAUGGCACCGAUAACCAGUCUCAUCCACUCACCUUGCUGUCAGAAAUUAUUUCCAAAACCAUCAUAUCUUCAACUGCGUACACCUCCCGUAUAUACACACCGAAUGAUUUUAUCUAUGAUCAAAAAAACAAGCCUAGUAACUCUACAUGGUGGCCACAAUGGAUUCAGUUAGUUGAACGCCAUUUCCAGCUCUUGGUUGGCUUUGGCGAGAUACAAGCUGAAGUUAAUAGCAGCAAUAAGACUAUGAGCAACGAGGGAAUACUAUUUGGGGCCGGUACUUUUGGCGUUCCCACAUAUUUUGAGAAUAGCACAUUUGUCCAGGAUACGUGCUACAAAGCACUGGAAAAUCCUUUGAGCGAACCACCUUCAUGGUCUUUAGUUGACAAGAAAAACCAGUCAUUGAACUCAGCAGAAAUUUCCCAGGUUAUACACUGUGGCCAAUCCCCAAUGUUGGAUAUCAGUGUGUCAAGUACAGAAUAUAGAGAUCUUUUACAAAAAACUAUUGAAAAUACACUCUGGUCUUGGGACGAAGGACAGCCUCCUAAAGAUAACAAGGUGGCAUGUGCUGCCAUACAACAAUCAAACGGGCGGUGGCGUGUGGAAGACUGCUCAGAGCAGCUCAAUGUAGCUUGCCGCCACAGAAAUGAACCUGGAAAAUGGGUAGUGGCUAAUACAACAGCUUCAUAUGAUCAAGCUUUUUUAGUUUGUCCAGAUAACUAUCUGUUUGAUACUCCUCGCACGGCGUGGCAAAAUCAACAACUAUUUUAUACCAUUCAAAGAGACUAUAUUGAUCCUUCUACAGAGGAGAAAUCUCAAGACAGAGCGGUGUGGAUCAAUCUAAAUUCAGCCAUAAGUGCACAAUGUUGGGUAGUUGGUCAAUCAGAUUUAUGCUGGUGGCUAAAUAAGGCAAUAUUGAUCCUGUUUGGCUUCUUUACAUGGGUAAAAUGUGCAAGAUUAUGGAGACUGCGAAGAUCAAAUCAACGAAAAAGAAUUGCGCAGCAUAUGCUUGCAAGAAGAGACUAUGUAACAGUCCCGUAUAACCUCUUAGUUAGAGGUCCUCUUUAG